GGCAGGGUCUUCCAUCUCUUUGUAUGAUGGUUGUGUCUCCCCGCUCCGCUGCCGGAGACGGUGACCGGGAAACGGCUACUGAUCGCGGAUCACCCACAGCCGCCCCUAUGGCCGUGAGUAACGAGUCGGGAAAGAUUAGCCUUCGGGGCUGCUGAGCGAGCGGCUAGUUUGUGUCAGCCCCGGUUCCGCUGGAGGCUUCGGACUCUCCGUGGGGAUGUCAGAGGGGGUCAGCCCGGUGUCUGCACUUGGAAGGGAGGCGGACGACGUGAUCGAAAGUGAUAGGGGAUCUGUCAAGCUCACGCCGUCUCCCCGGGCCUUGGAUACCGCUCCUUCGCUUUCACUGCUUCCACGGACCAACCAGCCUAAGAAAUAACUGCAUAAGCACAGCCUGGUGUCGGGAAUGAGCUCCACGGCGGCCCUGAACAUGGAGCUGAAGGAAGAGGCCGGCGAUGCAGUGGGUGAGCCACAGUCUCCUGAGACGCCGAGGUCUUGGUACCACUACUACUGCCCCAAGUGUGGUAAAGGCUUCAGGUCCCCCUCAGGCCUGGAGAGGCACUUGCGGGUGCACACCGGGGAGAGACCGUUCGAGUGCCCUGUGUGUGACAAGAGUUUCUACAGCUGUAGCAACCUGACCCGGCACCAGCGCAUUCACAGCGAGGAGAGGCCGUUCAGCUGUUCGGCCUGCGAGAAACGCUUCUACACCUCAGGUGAACUGGCUCGGCACGCCCGGGGCCACACGCACGAGCGGCUCCACCCGUGCCCUGUUUGCGGGCAGGGUUUCUGCACGUCCGGCGAAAUGGCCCGGCACCGGGCCUCACACACCGGUGGCCGGCCCUUCGAGUGCGGGGUCUGCCACAAGCGCUUCUGGACAGCCAGCUACCUGGCCAAGCACGGGCGUCUUCACAGCGGCGAGCGGCCCUUCUCCUGCUCUGUCUGCCACAAGGCCUUCCGGGCGGCCGGCUACCUGGCCAAGCACGAGCGCAUCCACACCGGCGAGAAGCCCUUCGCCUGCGCCGGCUGCGGCAAGCGCUUCUGCGCCUCCAACAAGCUGGCCGAGCACCGGCAGAUCCACCGGGCCGACAAGGCCUUCGAGUGCGCGGCCUGCGGCAAGCGGUUCCGUGCCCCGCGCAACCUGGCGCAGCACCGGCGCGUGCAUGGCGAGCGGCGGCCCUUCGUCUGCCCCGUGUGCGGAAAGGCGUUGGCCUACUCGGCCACCCUGCGCGUCCACCAGCGCAUCCACUCGGGAGAGCGCCCCUUCAAAUGCGCCAGCUGCGGAAAGGGCUUCACGCAGGCCUUCAGCCUGAAGCUGCACCAGUACCACCACAGCGGGGAGCGGCCCCACCGGUGUCCGGUCUGCGGCAAGGGCUUUGUGCUGGCCAGCUACCUGGCAAAGCACCGGUGUGCCGGUCUGCAGGAACGGGAGGCAAAAGAGUGAGGUUGAACUGUCCUCCCUCCUUCUCCCCCACACUACAGCCUUCAUGGAGUCAUGGAACAAGGAAAAGGCACUUUUGCCCACUGAGUCCAUACUGACCAUUGGGCACCCAUUUACACCUGCCACUCCCUGUCCCAGCCAGUGCUCCUUGACCAUGCCAACUUCCUCCUGCGCUCCCCAACCCCAGGGUCGUCCAUUCACCUUCAUACACUUUACAGUGCUUAUUUAACCUACUCCACCCUCCUCUGGAAUGUGCCAGGAAACAAGGACGCCACAGAGACAAUGUGAGAAUAUUUAUGAGAAUGCUGCUGAAACCCUCCGUCCCCUGGGGCCUGACUUACAAGGACAGGUUGGGCAGGCCUGCACUUUAUUGUUUGGAGUGUAGGAAUCAGAGCAUUGUAGAGGGGUAUAAAAUCAUGAGGGGCAUAGAUAGGGUGAACGCACUGCUGGCUCUCUGUCUUCUGAUCCUUCUGGUCCUUCCGAGAUUCAGGAAUGAUGAGCUGUCUGAAUUCCAAAGCUUCAGUUUACUUUAGAGUACAAAUAAAUAUACAAAUCCUUGUCAAACUAAAUGAAGAGCUGAGAAAGGGUGCUGUGAGGUAAGAUGAAUGCGGAGACAAGAGAAUAAAGAAGCCAAGAUGGCACCUCAGGAAAAAAUCCAUCACUUUUAUUAAAAGAUAAAGAAAAAGGAUCCAGUGCUUUCCCGGCGUUUCUGACAAAUAAACUUCUUGGGCUUCCAGCUGAGCACAGGUGUCGAUUUUGUCCAUCUUCAUCAGGGUUGAUGUCUAGUCGUGCCUAGUUCGGUGGUUUAUAUACCCCCGUCAUCCAUCCCUCCUGAUUGGCUAGUCUGGGUAGCCUCCAACCUGAUGGCAUUGUCCAUCCAUGGCCUCCUCUACUUUUGCGAUGAGGCCACACUCAGGUUGGAAGAGCAACACCUUAUAUUCUGUCUGGGUAGCCUCCAACCUGAUGGCAUGAACACCGAUUUCUUGAACUUCCAAUAAUGCCUCCCGCCCCAUCUCCUUCUCUAUUCCCCAUCCCCUUUACCCUCUCUGACCUCAUCUUGCCUGCCCAUCACCUCCCACUGGUGCUCCUCCUUUCUUCCAUGGCCUUCUUUCCUCUCCUGUUAGAUUCCCCCCUUCUCCAGCCCUGUAUCUCUUUCACCAAUCGACUUCCCAACUCUUUAUUUCACCCCUCCCCCUCCCAAUUUCACCUAUCAACUUCUGUUUAUCUCUCUCCUCUAACUCAAACUCCUCAUCUCUUUUUUCUCCAGUCCCGCUGAAGGGUCUUGGCCCGAAACUUUGACUGUACUCAUUUUCUAUAGCUGCUGCCUGGCCUGCUGAGUUUCUCCAGCAUUUUGUGUGUGUUACUUGGACUUACAACACCUGCAGAUUUUCUUGUUUGAGAUUAGCUGCUAUGCCACUUCCUGCCAGUGAGUGUGAAAAAUACAGGAGUGUGUUAAAAAUUACAAAUCUUAUAGAAAACCUACACCACAAUACAGGCCCUUUGGCCCACAAGGUUGUGCUGAACAUGUCCCUACCCUAGAAAUUACUAGGCUUACCUAUAACCCUCUAUUUUUCUAAGCUUCAUGUACCUAUCCAAAAGUCUCUUAAAAGACCCUAUUGUAUUCAGCUCCACCACCUUUGCCGGCAGCCCAUUCCACGCACUCACCACUCUCUGACUAAAAAACUUACCCCUAACAUCUCCUCUGUACCUACUCCCCAGCACCUUAAACCUGUGUCCUCUUGUGGUAACCAUUUCAGCCCUGGGAAAAAGCCUCUGACUAUCCACACAAUGAAUGCCUGUCAUCACCUUGUACACCUCUAUCAGGUCACCUUUCAUCCUCCUUUGCUCCAAGGAGAAAAGGCUGGGUUCACUCAACCUAUUCUCAUAAGGCAUGCUCCCCAAUCCAGGCAACAUCCUUGUAAAUUUUUUCUGCACCCUUUCUAUGGCUUCCACAUCCAUCCUGUAGUGAGAUGACCAGAACUGAGCACAGUACUCCAAGUGGGGUCUGAGCAGGGUCCUAUAUAUCUGCAACAUUACCUCUCAACUCCUGAAUUCAAUUCCACGAUUGAUGAAGGCCAAUAAACCGUUCGCCUUCUUAACCACUUAUAAAAAGUAUAAUUUUAAAAAAGUGGUUUCCAAAAGCACACAGACUCCCCCCCCCCCAGGGAAAGGGAAUCAAGAAGUAGAAUUAAAGGGAGGGGGGAGGUUUAAAAGAGCCCUGAGGGGAAAUAUUUUCACAUGUACCAGGGUAGUGAGUAUAUGGAAUGAGUUGCCAGAGAAAGCAGUUGAGGCACGUACAAUAACAACAUGUGAAAGACAUUUUGAUAAAAAUAUGGACAGGAAAGGUUGGGAUUAGCUUGGGUUGGCAAAGAUGAGAUGGGCUGAAGAGCAUGUUUCUGUACUGUAAUACUCUGACACCCUGAGGGAAAACAUGCAAACUGCACGCAAACAGCAACAGAGGUCAGGAAUGAAGCCAGAUCGCUGUCACUGUGAGGACAGCAGCUGUACAGCAUGGCCAACGUAUCACACCAUCCAGUCCUUACACUAAGUUACGUUCCCCUACUUCGUGUUAAAGCAGUGUCUCAAAAUGCAAAGUUCUCACCCUUGGUUUCAAAUCUCUACCUUUGUGACAUCCUCCAGCCAUACAACCCUGCCAAAUCACUGCUCCCUGCAGUUUGACCUCUUUUGAAUUUAUCAUAACAGUUCUCGGCAGUUCCUUCAGAUUCUAGUAUGCUAAAAAUUAGAAUUGCUGACAUUAACCCUUCUACUUCUCUACUUCCCUUUUCUCCUUUUAAGCCGCCUACCUCUUAAAUUGAUCUUUGGUCGUAUUUUAAUUUCUCAUGUUGCUUGCUGUCAGAUGUUGUCUUGAGUAGCUGCUUGGGUUUUGGGGGAUGUGAAAAGUUAUUGUAUAACUGCAAAUGAACUGUUUUUGUUGUAGCUGAGGGACCCAGCAUCAUAUUCAUACCUUACGUCUUUUGUAGGAGUUAUUGCACAGAAAUAGAUCAUAAUGUGCAACUGUCUUGGGCUAGUCACAGUCCAUAUGUGACUGCUGGCAUUUCAUCGAGCUUUUAGUAUUUAGUAUUCUGGUCAGUUACUCUACUGAUUAUGUAAUAUGUUCCCUUGCCUGUUUCCUGUGUCUACUGAAUUGCACAUUUUAACUGUGAAGAAGUCUCUCUGUUCUAUUGUAUUAACUUGUCAUUGUUUUAUAUGUACAGCUCUUAGUUUUGUGUUAUUCUACAUAAGGUGAGGGGGGGGGUUAUAUGGGAGGCAGGGUUUAAGGGUUGGCACAACAUUGUGGGCCGAAGGGACUGUUCUGUGCUGUACUAUUCUAUGUUCUGUGUACAUGUGGAAGUAAUUCUGACAUGGGCAUCUGUGGUCCCCUCUGCAGUAAACCUCCAACCCACUCAAACUUGAAGACUUUUAUCAGGUUAAUUGUUUUUUGUGAAGGUGAAUUACGGAACCUUUCUGAUCUUUAGAGACAACUGUAGCCUCUCAGUCCAGCAAUGCUGACGUUUGGGAACUGUUACUAUGCUGUGCACACAAAGCACGAAGGAUGAAUUGUUUAAGUUUAACAUAAGCUUUCGAAUUCUAUGUCCUGAUAAGUUCCUGUGCUUUGUUGGCAUUCAGUUUACUUUGCAGACAUAUGAUUCUGCUUUAAAUAAAGUUUAAAGUUUGUAUGUUGCUGAAAGUGGAAUGAAUGUUAAUGAAUUUGUUGGAAAUACAAUAUUUGUCUGAGUUUGUUGUGCUCCCUAUUGUGGUAAUCAUCUUUGUCCAAUAGUCUAUUAAAAGAAUCGCU